GACUGCGACGAUUUUGACUAAAGACGGUUCAUUCGCCAUCGGGCUGUUGUACAACUCGGCUCGAGCUGUCGUUCGCAUAAAUCACUCUCCGUAUUUCGUAGCCGUCAGACACUCUACCUAUCAUCAGGGCAGACAAGCUAGGUUAACUGCGUAAACGUUCCAUUCACCAUUAAAGCAAUUCAAUUCGGACGUCGUAGUCGUCGUGUUCUCAAUAAGUGCGUCGGGGGUCAGUCAGGGUUGUAGCGCAAUUGAAGCGUAAAGUAGUUCAAGUGCUCGAACAGAAGCAUGUCGGACAGCAAAUUUGUCAGUUUGGACGAUACUUUGCAGAGGCACAUCCCACCGGAAGAGCUGCGCGAAGUGAAGAGGAUCCUGUACGGGCGAGAGGAUGAUCACCCACUCACAUUUUCCGAGGAGGCCACAUCGCUGGCUAAGGAAGUUGGCGUAGAACUGAAGGGCUACGUGUUCACCGCCCGCAAGGAAGAUCUCCGCCGUCCACGAAUCGUCCGUGUGGGUCUUAUUCAGAACUCGGUCGACAUUCCAACAACCGCUCCAAUCCACGUACAGCGUGAUGCGCUGCAUGAAAAGGUUUCCAACAUCUUGAGGGUGGCGUCCGCUGCCGGGGUCAAUGUAAUUUGCUUCCAGGAAGCUUGGACGAUGCCAUUUGCAUUCUGCACUCGAGAGAAGUUCCCUUGGUGCGAGUUUGCUGAGGAUGCUGAGAGUGGUCCCACCACCAAGCUGAUGAAAGAACUUGCCAAGCAGUACAAUAUGGUGAUCAUUUCGCCUAUCCUGGAGCGGGAUCCCAAUCACAACGAUACCCUGUGGAACACAGCCGUGGUGAUUUCCAACAAUGGUAACUACAUGGGAAAGCACCGCAAGAAUCACAUUCCUCGGGUGGGUGAUUUCAAUGAGUCGACCUACUACUAUGAAAGCGAUACCGGACAUCCGGUGUUCGAGACCCAGUUCGGGCGUAUCGCCAUCAACAUCUGCUACGGACGGCAUCACCCGCAGAACUGGAUGAUGUUCGGUCUGAAUGGGGCAGAAAUUGUGUUCAACCCUUCGGCAACGAUUGGAGCCCUAAGCGAACCGCUUUGGAGUAUCGAAGCCCGCAAUGCAGCCAUCGCCAACAGCUACUUCACGGUGGCCAUCAACCGGGUGGGAACCGAAGUGUUCCCGAAUGAGUUCACCUCCGCCAAUGGACAGCCAGCUCACAAGGACUUUGGACCCUUCUACGGAUCGUCUUACGUGGCCGCUCCGGAUGGUUCGCGAACUCCGUCCCUGUCCCGCGAUAAGGAUGGUCUGCUGGUGGCCGAAAUGGACCUGAACCUCUGCCGGCAAGUGAAGGACUUCUGGGGCUUCCCGAUGACUCAAAGGCUACCACUGUAUGCGGAAAGUCUGGCCAAGGUCGUCCGGUCGGAUUACAAGCCACAGCUUGUUAGGGAAAAUUAAAACAGUGUAUUUUUUUGUAUUUCAAAGAAUGUUUAUUUCAAUGAACUGGUUUUAAUGUAUAAUAAUGUUUAGCUUUUUUAUUUCAUCUCCGUUGGUGUAAAUUUUACAGUUUGUAUUUCGCCUGCUUCUUGUGGUUGGUAUUAGUCGAAAAAUGUGGGUCAAUUUUGCCACGUCAAUGAAUCACGUCUCGUUUCUCGCUCUAUUUACGGGGUUCUCUAAAACUAAUCAACAAACAACAUCUUUUUUGUCAUUUUCGCUUUGUUUUUUAAAGUUUAGCUUUGUCACAGCGGUUAAUAAAUUGUAAACGUAUGGGUUGAUUUCUCUAAAUCGUGGCAAUCGUUUGGUUGGUUUUGUUUCAUGGCUUCAGGUUUCUCAUUUUGGAGUGUUAAUGCUACAAACAGCAUAAGAAAAGCGAAUACACUGAAUAGAAAAAGAUUAGAUAUUUUUGUUCCAUUCAGAAAACGAAGAAUACAUCGAUAGGAGCUGAUGAAGCUGAUCCAGUUUUACCCCACGCAUCGUGGAAUCUAAAUGUGAGAACAGACAAACAUAC